AGGAACCAUGUCUCUUCAACUUCUAUCACUCUUGUUUUAAACGGCUUGCUUUACGUUACACGAGGCACAACCUUCAAAUUCCGUUUCAAUCGACAUUAUUGCUUCAGAUUAUCUUCUCGAUUCUUCACUCUAAGCGAUGGCUUCAACGGCGGAGAAUGAGGCCACUGUACAUACUUCUCCUGAUAACAUGACUACUUCUGACUGCCAACAGUCGAUGGAAGAUCAUGUCUGUGACGACGUAGAGAUGCUACCGGUUCUUGAAGCUUCCUCCCCCGAGUUGCCAUUACCUUUGAUUGUAGAGGAAGCUUUGAUUAGAGCAGAAGAAGAAGGAGAUUUCUUAAGAACAAGCCUUGAUGCUUCUGAUGCCAUGUUUGCGGUUCCUUUCCCAGACCCUGCCUCUACCUUAAACAUUCAUGGCUCUUCUUCUGCUAUAUCACAUCAGGGUGGUGUUCAAGGUACAUCUUCUUCAGAGCAAAUACCCUUGAGAACAGCUUCUUCAGUUAACCGUUCAGAUGCUGUUCAUGAAAAUGGUGUUCAGUCUCCUAACAUCUCUCUUGCUAACAAUCUUACUACGGGACCGAAUCCUCCUCCCAGGCAUUUGUUUAAUGACCCAUAUGACUAUGAACUGGAGAAGAUACGUUUAGAAGAAGAGCACUUAAAAAAGAGCUUUGAAGAAAUGACAUCACAGUUAAUGGCUGAGCUCGAUAGGAAGAUGGCUGAAGCACGGAGCGAGUAUGAUAGGGAAUUGCAAGAGUUUGAUGCCAAAGUGAUGGAGGUAGAAGCUCAUAUGGGUCUUGUUCAAACGGGCAGUCUUUUGGCCAACGCUUUCAUAUCUAAAUGUUCAGAGAGGAGUGCUUCCAAUGAUCUUGCAGCUGUACGAGCAGCUAUGGUCUCUCAACAUUCAACUCAGCAGCAACAAGCAGUGCAUAUGAAUUCAACUCCUCCUCCAAGAGUACAAGCAAGCGUACAUGUGAGUACUAGUGCACCUCCUCGACCCUCAGUGGAAGCUCCAAUCCUAAACUCAUCAGGUCCUCUUCCUCAUCUCCCUCGCCGUAGCACCACGACUCAACCAAGUCAGCAAACAGUACAAGCAGCACACACGCAUGUGAACUCAACAGCUCCUCCUCCACCUUCAGUGACAGUUGUGGAACCUCAAACACCAAAUCAUUUACGUCCUCUUGCGCGCUUCCCUCGUCCCACAACGACUCAACCAAGUCCAUUAUCUCAACGAGCUGUAGCACAAUCAAACACAAACAUGAAUUCAACAGCUCUUCCUCGACCAUCAGUUACAACAGAAGCACCUCUUUCUCGACCAUCAGUCACAACAGAAGCACCUCUUCCUCGACCAUCAGUGACAACAGCAGCACCUCUUACUCGACCAUCAGUGACAACAGAAGCUCCUCUUCCUCUGCAUUCACCGCUCUCCAACACGCCUAGGCCAAGACCGCGACCUGUAAUCUCCAACCUGACACCAUCUUCUACUCCACCAGUGCGUGGCCCGGCGCCUCAUUUAGUGCGUGCCCCUCCUCCUCACAUGGCUCGGAGACCCGCGCCUCAUUUAAGGCAAUAUGGAUCAUCUCCAGCUUCCAUGUCUGCUGCUGCUGCAACAACAAAUCCAAGAGCGUCGGUUCAAGAACAAGAGAAGUCAAAUGAUGGUGUGGUCAAUCUUUCAGAUGAAGACUAGUGAUAAAACAUUUUUUUUGUUUUUGUUUUGGGUUUCUGGAAUGUUUUUCGAGUUUCAUAACCGAAAACAAAACC